ACCAAACGAUCCUAUAAAAAAGCAUAAUUUUAUCCGAGAUAUUCAAUUGUCUGUACCUGCAGGAUUGUAUCAGUAAUGUUGUAUCGUAAUUUAACUGGCGAUGCUUCAUUGGCAAAUGAUCAAAUAAGUAAAGAGAUGAAAGAAAGACUGCGUCCUAUGAUGUCACUAGGGGAUCCUUCAAUAAUAAUUGAUUUAAGAACUAAUAAUGGAUUUCAAGGAUCAAAAUUUGAUAUGUUUUGGAAUGAAUUUGAUGGAUAUUUUAAUGAGCAUAAUAAUACUGUUAUUAAUGAACGCCGAGCAGAUACUGUUGUGUAUAUUUUAUAUGUUAUAUAUAUUCGAGAGUUACGAGAUAGAGUUAUUGCUCGUUUAAAUAUGAAAUACCAAGGACCACCUCUGCCUGAUGAUGAUGUAGUUCCAUCAGAAGAAUGGAUAAGAUUGAAUUUUGCGCUAUCUAAUGCAUAUGCUACCAAAGCUAUGCAUUACAGGAUGUUUUAAUGUAAAAUAUAAGGUGCAAUCCCGAUUAUUACAAAAAUCUAGUGAAGAUGAGCAUUGCUGCCGCAUUAUAUUUAAGUAUGAACGAAUUUAAUUUAAUAUCAAAUAUCGAGAUUAUGCAUG